CUUUGCAUAAGACUUUCUCCUCUCUUCACUCACAACCCUCCCAUUAUAAAUCAACCCUUCAUCUCUUCACUCCCUCCACCACCACCACCACCAUCUCCACCUCCGCCAUCAUCCACCAUCAUGGCCUCCUUUUCCAGUUAUGCCAUCGUCAACAACACCGUCACUGAAGGUACCGACGAGCAUGCAUUGCUCCAAGCUCUGCAGCUCGUCAACUCCUCCAUCCUCCCCAUGACCUUCAAAACAGCCGUCGAACUCAACCUCUUCAACAUCAUCUCCGCCGCCUCACCCAACCCCCUCUCAGCCACCGAAAUCACCACCCUCCUCCCUUCCUCCACUCCUUCAACCCCAAUCAUGCUUGACCGCAUCCUCCGCCUCCUAUCCAGCUACUCCAUCUUCACCUGCUCUCUCUCCACCGAUCCCAUCUCCGGCGCCACCACCCACCUCUACGCCGCCGCCCCCGCCGUCAAAUACCUCGCCCAAAACGAAGAUGGUUUCACUCUAUCCACUCUAGGCCUGUUGAACCAAGACAAGGUCCUAAUGGAAAGCUGGGACUAUCUUAAGGACGCGGUCCUUAAUGGAGGGAUACCCUUCAACAUGGCUCACGGCAUGACUUCGUUUGAGUAUCAUGGCACUGAUCCAAGGUUCAACAAGCUGUUCAAUGAAGCCAUGAAGAACCAUUCAGGUAUCAUAAUGAAGAGGAUUCUGGAGAAGUAUAGAGGGUUUGAUGAUGUGAAGGUCCUUGUUGAUGUUGGUGGUGGUGUUGGUAAUACUCUUGCUCAGGUUGUUGCUAAGCAUAAGCAUAUUAAGGGUAUUAAUUUUGAUCUCCCUCAUGUUAUCUCUGAAGCCCCACUUAUUCCUGGUGUGGAGCACGUCGGUGGAGAUAUGUUUAGUAGUAUUCCAAAGGGAGAUGCCAUUUUGAUGAAGUGUGUUCUACAUGAUUGGAGUGAUGAGGAUGGACUUAAAAUACUGAAAAAUUGCUGGAAAACUCUGCCUAAAAAUGGAAAAUUGAUAUCGGUAGAAUCCAUACGUCCGACGACUCCUGAUAACACAAAUGUAACACAAUAUUUGUCUAGUUUGGAUAUGGCCAUGUUAGCAUUUAAUCCUGGCGGUAAAGAAAGAACUGCACAAGAGUUUGAAUCAAUGGCCAAACAGAUUGGUUUUUCUUCAAUCAAACCUAAGUUCAGUUUAACCGGUGUUUGGCUUAUUGAACUCUAUAAAUAAAUAGUUUUUUAUAUUAUGCCUGUCUAUGUCUUUGUUGAGUCUUAAAUCUUAUUUUAGUUUAGCCGGUGUUUGGCUUAUUGAUUUACUCUAUGAAUAAAAUAGUUUUUAUAUUUUGUCUGUCCAUGUCUUUGUUGAGUCUGAAACCUUAUUUUAGUUUAGCCGGUGUUUGAAUUGUUGGUUUACUUUAUAAAUAAAUAUUUAUUAUAUUUUGUCUA